AUGGCAGCAGACGAAGGUGUACUGGGUGGCAUCCUUGCGGGCAUCGUCCAGCAGCUGCGUGACACCAAAAUGCCAUUUGGUUAUCCAGAGAAGAUGACCAAGAUAUAUGAACUGGCCUGGCUGCUGCAGCCCUCAAUUGAGCACGCCCCGGACUACCACACCUUUGUGCCCCUGUCAAACGUCGUCAUCCUGCCGGAGAUGCAAAAGAAGGCCAAGGCGGGGCGGUACCUCUCGCUGGAGCAUUUCAGGGCCGACCUGUAUCAGCUGCACACCAAUGCCGUGGCGUACAACUCUCCUGGCGACGGCGGCGGCUUCGGCGAUCCAUGUGCGCUCGCGCUGAGCCAGCGGCACGGGCGAUUGUGCAUCUUGCUGUUCUUUGUCUCAGCUGCUGGAACAAUGGGGCUGAACUGCCACCGCCGCAUGCUGGGUGCAGAAUUUAUCAAGCUUGCUGCCAGGCUGCUGGAGGAUGCGCGGGUGCUGAUUGCAGCGCACCUGCCAGAAAUCCAAGCGGCAGAGGCACGGAUUGCACCCAGGGCAUCCACCACCAGGAUGUGA